AUGCAUGGAACUUUUGGAGGACAAGAUGACGAUGCUCUUUUCUUGGAUCUGAUUCUCCUCACUAGUUUCGAGGAUGACGAGAAGAAACCUGUGGCUGUGGGACCAUGGGGCGGUCAGGAUGGAUUUCGUUGGGACGAUGGAGUGUAUUCCACGGUGAGACAAUUGGUGAUAGCUCAUGGGUCAGGUAUUGACUCCCUUCAGAUUGAGUAUGAUAAGAAGGGGAGCCCAAUAUGGUCACAGAUCCAUGGUGGCAACGGAGGCAGGAAAACAGCGGUCAAGCUUGACUACCCAGAUGAGUUUCUUACUUCAAUUCAUGGAUAUUACGGCAAUUUAGAUGCUUGGGGCCCUGUAUUUGUUCGCUCACUCACUUUUCAAAGCAAUAAGAAAAUUUAUGGACCAUUUGGUGUUGAGCAAGGAACUUAUUUUUCAUUUCCAAUGUCUGGUGGAAAGAUUGUUGGGUUUCAUGGCAUGAGUGGUUGGUACCUUGAUGCAAUUGGCAUAUAUUUGAAACCUCUGCAGAAACAGAAGACCUCACAAGCUGUCCAAUCAAAAAGUUACUUUAACAACGGGACGGAGAAUAUUAGCUACACGAUGAUGCAAGGAGCAGGAAAUGGUUUUGAUAUAUUUUUUGCAGUAAAACAGAAGGAUGAUUUUGGCAGCCAUCUGCCAAGCAAACUGUCAGCUCAAAAUCCUCGAGAGUAUACCAAUGGAGGAACCAACAGAAAAGAUGAUUUUGCAAGCCCUCUGCCUGGCAAACUCUCAAGACAAAUUUCUCGAGAGUUCAGUGACACAGAAACCAACAAAAAGGAUGAUCUUGCCAGCCCUUUUCCAAGCAAACUCUCAACUCAAAUCUCUCGGGAGCUCAGUGAUGCAGGAACUAACAAGAAGAAGGUGAGAUAUACUUCCAUAGUUGCUACUGAAAGCAUGCCCUCAAAAACUGAAGGGGUGAUUAUAUAUGGACCCUGGGGUGGCGUUGGUGGUUCUAAGUUUGAUGAUGGAACUUACACUGGAAUUAGGCAAAUCCAUUUGUCUCGCCAUGUUAGCAUUGCAUCCAUAAGAGUUCAAUAUGAUCGUGAAGGGCAGGCUAUAUGGGGAAGCAAACAUGGAGGAAGUGGAGGAUUUAAAUCAGAAAAGAUUAUGUUUGAUUAUCCCUACGAAAUCCUCACACGGGUGACAGGAACCUAUGGGUCUUUAAUGUACAUGGGGCCUAAUAUCAUCAGGUCGCUUACUUUUUACACAAACAAAGGGAAGCACGGGCCAUUUGGAGAAGAACAAGGUCCCUCCUUCACCAACAAAAUUGGUGAAGGGAAAAUCGUCGGAUUCCACGGGAGGGAGGGUAUUGUUCUUGAUGCUAUCGGGGUUCAUGUGUUGGAAGGAACCGUAAAGCCAGCAAAGCAUCAUCUUUCUGAUGUAAUUAAACAAACUGAAGCAGAUGUUGCUCAGAUAGAUAAUUCUCCAUGGUCUAAUAAACUAGUAGUAGCAAAACGAGGACAAACUGAGGAGAGCCAGCUCCAUGCGGACCAGGUCCUUGGGGCGGGAUGGAGGGGCAAUGGGGAUGGAGGGAGGCAAUGGGAUGAUGGAGUAUUUUCUGGGAUUAAACAGAUAUUUCUAACUAGAGCAGAAGCCAUUUGUUCAAUGCAGAUUGAGUAUGAUCGAAAUGGCCAAUCUGUUUGGUCUGUAAAACAUGGAGGCAAUGGAGGAACUGCCACGCAUAGGGUGAAAUUGCAGUGCCCCCAUGAAGUGCUCAUAUGUGUAUCAGGAUAUUAUGGUUCCAUCGGCUGUGAUGAGAAGAGUCCUAAGGUAAUCAAGUCACUUACUUUUCAAACUAGUCGAGGAAAGUAUGGUCCGUUUGGUGAAGAAAUUGGAACAUUUUUCACUUCAACUACGACUGAAGGCAAGGUAGUUGGGUUCCAUGGAAGGAGUAGCGCGUAUAUGGAUGCCAUUGGUGUCCAUAUGCAACACUGGCUAGGAAAUCAACGAUCCUCAAAGCUGCCUUUGUUUAAGAUUUUCAGUUGA